GAUGGAUUUCAAGGAGCAGAAUUUCCAGCUAGUCGUGGUCAUGAGUGUGCCUCAGAGUCCUGAGCGUGGCCUCGUUUAGGAUGUAAAUAGUGAGGAAGCUGUGCUGUCAACUAAAUGUGAGGGCAUUGGCUGCAGGAAGUCAUGAUGGUGCUUUAUAAAGGACCGCGGCUGUUGGACUUUGCAAAGACCCCUACGCACCUUCAGUUCAACAAAUAUGUCCUGACAGGCUACCGGCCAGUGUCCACGGCUCAAGAGUGCCUCAGGAGCCUCUUCUACAUGCACAAUGAGCUGGGGAACAUUUACACCCAUGGCAUCCCUUUUUUCCUUUUCUUGGUGCUGCUGCCUUUUAGUAUCCCCUGGAUGGAGGUGGACAGUGUCUGGAUCUGUGUGGUCCACUAUCUGGCCUGCCUCUGCCCCACUGUGGGCUCAGUGGUCUACCAUGUGUUCAUGAACCACGUGGGAGGAGAACAUGUGUACGACACCCUGCUCUCCCUGGACAUGUUCGGUGUCUGCCUAGUUAACACCCUGGGGGCACUUCCUAUCAUCCACAUCACCCUUUUUUGUUACCCAGCAAUGCGAAGGACUGCCUUGCUGGUCUACACCCUCCUAUCAGCCUACGGCAUCUACUGUGCCACCACAGCCCGUACUAAUGUCCUGCGCCUGCGAGCUUUCAUCUGGCAAGCCCUGUUCCGCUUCAGCCUCUUCCUGUUCCGGGUGUACGGCAGCGGGGUGGGCAGCCCAAAGUCCCUGCGCCUCUUUGUCAUAAUGGACUCUCUGGCUGUAGUGGGAGGGCUGGUCAACAUCAUCCAGAUCCCUGAGCGCUUCAUCCCAGGCCUGUUUGACAACUGGGGCAACAGCCACCAGAUAAUGCAUGUCAUGGUUAUUUGCUCUAUUAUCUACCUGCAUUGGGGCACACUGGAGGAUUUAGACUGGAUUAAGACCUACCAGUGUCCUACUGAGUGAUACCAAGUGUAUCAUGUACACACACGCAUGCACUCAAGGCUUGGCUGAUAGAAAUGAGAUUUAGGAUUCAAUGAGGCAGGAGGAGUAAAAGUAUAAAAAGAAGAGAGGCAAAUUGUUUCAAAAUGCACUUUAGUCUGCUAGCUGCUUAAAUUCUUCAGAAGGGAAGUUUGCAAUUUGACAUUUUACCAGAGAAGAAUAAGAGGAACUUCAACAAGCUUUAAACUGUGGAACUCAAAUAUCACUAUAUCAAAUUAAUAUUCCUGAGCAUACUUGAUUUUCAGUUUGCUGAAAUGCAGUAGUUUUGGGUCAUAUUACCCGUAACCAAAAUCAUUUUUAAAAUGGAAAAUGAAAAUAUUGUAUGUAAUAAAUUAUAUAUUUUUA